CGCGGAUAGAACGUCCCCUUUUUGGUGCUUCUUCAGCACUUGCUGAGCUGUUUCUGCAGCGUUCCAAAGCCACCGUGGCCGUGCGAAGUCAAAGUGCUUUGCUCAUGGUGCCAGGUGGCGGCUGUCCUGGUAGCGGAUGUGCUGGAAGCUGUCCAGGUGGCUGUCCAGGUCUUUCAUCGCCAACUUCUUCUCCUAGCACAAUGUCAGGAAUGAUGCCUGGUAUGAUGCCAGGUGCUAUGGGGGCGAUGCCGAUGAACGGUAUGGGUGGUAUGGGUGGCAUGCCAAUGGGUGGCAUGGCUGGUGGCAUGGCUGGUGGAAUAGGUAGUGGAAUGGGUGGUGGAAUGGGUGGUGGAAUGGGUGGUGGAAUGGGUGGUGGAAUGGCUGGUGGAAUGGCUGGUGGAAUGGCUGGUGGAAUGGGAGGUGGAAUGGGGCGCGGCAUGGGUGGUGGCGGCAUGGCUGGCGUGGGCGGUGGAAUGGGAAGUGGCAUGGGUGGUGGCAUGGGGGGUGGCAUGGGAGGUGGAAUGGGGGGUGGCAUGGGGGGUGGUAUGGGUGGUAUGGGAAAUAUGGGGGGCAUGCCUAUGAUGGGCAUGGGUGCAAUGCCCAUGAUGGGCACCAUGAACCCUAUGGCCAUGAUGAAUAUGGCAGCUAUGAUGAACAUGGCAAUGGGGAAUGCGGAGGAAGAGGAGGAGAAGGUAGCCCAGCCACCUCCAGAGCAAAUAGACCCCAGAGUGAAGGAAAUCUGCCGACACUUUGGUAUAGACGACAAGAUUUGCGAGAAGCUAAACAAGGCAAUGAAGACCAGAGAAGACUUUGAUGAGGAUAUGCAAGUCCUAUGGCACAUCAUGGAGAAGGGUGCCAAAAAUAACAAGAAAUCAGUAGAUGUGAUGCUCGUGAAGAUCCGCGAGAUCAACAAUGGCACAUUUAUUGGCAAAGACCUGCUAGACCCGGAGAUCAAAGAUUUUGCCUGGAAAUACAAUUUGGACGAUCAGCUUUUACACCGACUAAUCAAAACCAUGAAGAAGAGAGGGAAGCACAAAUCCCAGGAUUUGAAAGACAUGGACGAGCGCAUUGGCAAUGCCAAGCAUCCAUCUGGACUACUAGUGCGGAUGUUGGAAGGCCUGGAGGAGAACGGGAAAAUGCCUCCUGCCCCGGGCUGGUUGAUGCAAAGCCACGCUGGUAGUGCAAGAAGAGAACCUGCUGAUGCCAAGGACAGAAAGAAGUCACGGUCUCGCUCCAAGGGUCGGUGAUGCGGCGAUCAGCGUGAAAAAGGCUUCAGGUGUUCUCUUUGACAGCGGAAUCCAUGAUACGACAAACAUCAGAAUUGCAGAAACAGAAACACAAAGUGGAGCCAAGUUGGGAACACAAAGUCCGAAGACAAAGGCAAUUUCCUUUUGGAUGUUAGUUCAACAGCUGGAUGACAAAGCAUGGACAUCAUGCGACAAGUACAAAUGCGGCUUGAAUUCCUUACCCCUGGCUGAGAAAGUCAUGCGUGUCCUUUGGUUGCUGCACAUCUACAAUGGCAUUUGCAGCGUGCUUCUCCAGUACGCACCUUUGCAACUCCGAAAUAUCAAGACUGAAGUGUGAUGCAAGACAAGGUGUGUUUUUGGCCUGCAAAGAAUAGGACCAUCUAUCAUGUCGACUAGCACCUAGCACCUUCAGCUGCAAAGCUGACCGCAUGCGUUCCACAAGCUUUGAACGUGUCUCCAGCAAAGUGGCAGCUGUGUUUAUGAUACUUAUGUGCCUUACCGACGGAUUGCUUGUUCAGAGCAAAGAAGGCAGACUUGAACAUUCAAUGGCGUUUACAAUUCUUGACACAUGUUUUGGCCGUUGCCUUAGACGCUUACACUUCAUAUAACACCCAACUUCUGUUAUCAGAACCAAUGAUCUUCCAACGGGAUUCAAACCUUCUUAAAGAAGCUUAUUCUUUGGCGUGGCAGAUGGAACCUACAUGCCUGCAUUAAAAAUAACAUCAAUUCAAUUCAAGGACAUACAGGGAACCGGAUACAUCCCGGUACCAAUUGGAUCGAGCAGUGGCAGUUGGAGUGCCUAUGAGUGCGAAAAGCGCUUUGUACUGCUCGCCAUAGGUCUUGAAGAAGCAGAAGUAAUGUCAGGAACCCAUG